AUGAGGUGAGAAUUCACACAUCCACAUCGACUCAAUGAAACUGAAUCUCGUUGAAUUUUGAUGUGUUUUCGGCGGCGGCGUUUCCAUGGAACACAUUCAAAGUGUCCUUUGGUGUCGCUGUUCCAUUUCCAUUUUUACGCCUAUCCCAUUGUUAAUUCUAACCAUUUUGCAGUCAUCAAGCGUCUCAUUUGAAAGUGAAAAAGAAGUGGAAGGCGAACGGAUCGAACGGAAACGCCGGCGGACUUUCUGCGUUCGCACGCACGAAACGUGAGUCGUUGAUUUUGUAACGAGUUCGAAAGGUGUGUUCGUCUUGGAAGUCAUUUUAGAGAAAGUUUGUGGCAAGAAUGAAAGUUUAGCCUCAUUUUGAAAGCCCUAGUCGAAUCCGGCAUCACCUGAGUAGUUGAACAAACCGUAUCAUCGAGCUGAACACACUUUUCUUUCAAAUGCUGACCUUUUCGAGCAGUUUCUAUUGAGAGUCCAAGUCUGUGUUCUGUAUUCCGCCAAGGGUCAGUGAGCAGAAUCAUCGGCCUCGUCAUGUCCUCAUGAAUAGCCGAUCGUAUCCGGUCGCUCUCUCACUCUGUCCUCUGAUCGUCCGUUUCUCGGAAUCACUGAUCACUGUUUGCCACGUCGCAAACCUUCUUUACAAUGACGUCUGCAAAAGUGGAUGUGUGUUUCCAGAAAUGGAAAAUGUUUCGGGUUUUGGGAAAGAAUGUACUCAAAUACAUACUAUAGUACGUAGAGGAUACGAAGAAGAAGAAGAAGAAGUGCAAGAUGGCACACCCACUGACAUACUUCCUUGGUCUUUUUUUAGAGAAAGGGUAUUUUGAGAACGUCGAAGGGCUAUAGGGUCAAUUCGAGAAAUAACUCUGAUGCACACUCAACCGAUUCAUUGGGGACCGUCUAGAUAUUCUAGAAGGGCUAAUGUUCUAACUAGUGAGGCAUAGACUGAUCAUGAAGCAAUAAAAACUGUUAUCGAACCGGCCUCAACCAGUAGUCAAAAGUCGAACGUUUUCCUAAUGCGAGCGUCAGGUCAUAUACAUUUGAGGAGAACUUGAACAAACAAAGCCCAUUUCAGCUAUGGAUCCAUCUGCCGACAGAAUCUGGACGAUUGGCCAAAUAAUCUACCAGAGACAUCACGACUUUAACAGAAGUUCUCCAAUUAAAUCUCGUAAGUACCGGAAGAUUCUAGAGUUGGGCAGUGCAUGCCUCCUAACUUGAAGGACAUGCGAAAGUUUGUGAGUGUUUCUAACAAAAAUGAUAUGAGAAAAGGCCGUGGGAAAUUGGAAACGUAGAGAAAACUGAUGAGAUCCGUUAGUAGAUUCCAUGUUUUGCAUUGCGCGCGUGUUGACCGGGACAGGGACCGUUCACACCUGUCACAGAGAUCAAUGGAAGUGUACGAGUGUUCGAUUGACAGUUGCACAUGUUGUUUUCUCAUGAGCACACGUGUCUGUAGUCUGCGGUCUUUCCCGUCGACGGUCCGUCCAUUCGGAGACAUCUUGCCGCACAACCAUUCUUUUUUCUCCUCGUCCACACUGCAUGUCUUGCGCAGACUCACUUUUUUUCUGUCAAUUCGCUGCGAGAUCAUUUGUUUUGACCUACGCGCGCAAUGCGAAACAUUCAGUUCUCCUUCGUCUUUUCCACGUUUUUUGUUUCGAUGCCACGACAUGGACUGUAGAAAACAAGUUUUUUGGGCCUCAGACCCAACUUUUCGUCUUCUCCUUUUCCUUUUCCGAAUUCUUCUCAAGUAUUAGCUAAUCGUGCUGAAAUUGCUAACGUUUCAUAGGCCACGCCCCCUUUCAACUUGCGUAGAAGAUGCUGACUCUAGUGAUAGCCUGGAAAAGUCAUGUGCCACCAUUUUUAACUGCCAUUUCGUCCCUGGCCGCCCGGACAUUUCCAAGAAACGCCACGUAACUGGAAUAGUCUGAAAAAUGCAAUUACCUACGAAAUUAUCACCUGCUUCCAUAGGUCGGAUUAUUCAAUUUUCGGACAUUUUUGAGUCAUACUCCGAACUUUAUCGCGUAAAUGUAUGUUCCAGAAGACAAUGGAAGUUUCGACUACAUCGACAUGGCCUCGCAGCACUCGCUCAUCUUGGACAGGUUAGUUUUUGAUAUCUUUGUGAGGAGGGGGUCUAAAAAGAGUGUUUUUUUUUUCAAAGAAUCAAAGAAAUAUGCCUAGACACCUUAUAAAUAAAAAGCAAUAUCAUGUUGUGAUCUCUCUCUCUCUCUCUCUCAUUCCCACUACAAUCCAACUUCUUCUCAUCACUGACUCCGCCCACUUUAUUCAAUUAUACUCUUUCUCUCUUUCUCCGCCUUCUUCUUCUUCUUCUUCUUCUUCUUCUUCUCGCGUGCCGCCCGAGUUCAUUCACACCUGAACAGUGUGUUUUCCUCUAUUUCUCGUCUAAAAUCAUGUGGAAACAACGGAUAAUGGAGGCGGCGCGACGCGAAAAAGAGCGAGAGCAGAAGGACCGAUGGAGACAGGUCACGAAGAAACUGGUCAAGUGAGUCCGUACUGGUUGCCGUCCUAAGAAAAGUACAAAAGUUGAGAAGAUCUACGACCAGCAUGGAACUUGUAUUGUACAGUUCUGCGCUUGAUAUGUUUGACAACGGCGUUUCACUUAAAAGUUGCUCUUUUGAUAGGUGAUUGCCGUCUCAUGAAUCGCCUCUAAAGUCCAAAAUUGCGGCCGAACUUUGACAGAGCUACCAUAAGCUCUUGGGCAUUGUACUAACACUGUUCAGCCAGAGGUUGUGAACCUGGUUUUAUGUUUUGUCAGUCGGAAAUAGUUUAUCAGCAGUUGCAAACAGUCACGGUUGUAUAAAUUGCAUUGGGCUAGGGGAUCCGGCCCGAAACCUUUCAAAAGUUCAAGCCUCACACAAGUCCACGCGAACUUUACCCGUUUUCCCAGUCCUGGGAACAUGACUAUACAAUUCUCAGCGUUUUCCGAGUGACGUGGGCUAACAUGCCGACUUUCAGAUUGUCUAGACUCGAGAAUAGGCACAAAUGAACGUAAAGGGAUCUUAAAGUAAUGACAUUUUCUGAACAUUUCAUAGCUCUCAUUCAAAAAAGCGAGCUCUCAGGAACCCUAGAACACUGAAAAUUUGGAAGCUCGCUUAGAAUAUGUGACUGCCACUUUCCUCCUCCUUUUCAUUUCGCUCAUCCAUAUUCAUACUCAUCAAAAAAAAAAAAAUGGAAAUGGGAGCCAGAGCCAAUCCUUCCUCUCCCAUUUUUCGCUCUCUUUUUCGUUUUCGCCAAAGUGUUCCCAUUGCCACCGAAAUCAGUGUGGGAAUUGUGAAAACAACAGACUCAAGCGGCGGGAAAUAAUGGAAUUUCGCGGAGAAAGAGCAAGAGCAGGUGCUCUUUCCGAGUUAUUCAAUUGAUUUGCUGACUGGAGACCUUUGUACGUGUCAUUCGAUAGUUUGAUGGCCGAAGAAAUCGUUUCGGGUCUAGGCCACAGAGGUUUUCUUCGAGUCUUUUGUGAAAUUAUCAAAAUCACAUCAGUUUACAAUAAAUUUCUACUACUUGCUGGGAAAAACGAACGUGGACUGUACAGUGGCCUAAUCUUUUCAGGCCCUAGGCCGCCAGGAACCUAUGACUUUAGUGAUGUGGCAAAAAACAUUGUGGUCUAGAAAAAUGUAGGCCCCCACUCACUUCACCGGUGAAAACUUCAAAAUAUUUUCGCUUUACCUUCAAAAAAACGAGUGAAAACUAGUGAUUACCUCGCUGAAAACCGAGAGAAAAAAAAUUCGUUGAUGAAUAUGUGCGUACAAAUUUGACGGCUGCCGUCUGGCUCCUAGUUCCAUUGUAGCUACCGAUCUCAAAACUGAUGACGUGGAACUUUAUCGCUCAAAAAAACCUUCCUCAUCCUCGACGCCGUAGAUAAUCGCCGCGAAAAUCCGUCAGAAAGCCACUGACAGUUUGGAGGUCUUUUUGGAAAAGAGCAAUGAAACGUUUGAAAAGCUAUUAGUCUCCUGGCAACACUUCAUUUGGCUCCGACUCUGGCUCUUUCUCUCCAGCCUCAUUAUUCGAUUAUCAUGAGCCAGAGACCAGAAAAAAAAGGAUUUGCUCUUUUUCCUUUUCUUCUUCCCCCCUCGUCUCGGACGUUUUCUUGUUAUGCAAUAUGCGAAAAGAAGCUUCUCACCACUCCCUCUUCCUCUUUUUCUUUCACUUUUCUUAUCACUCUCUCUCUCUCUCUCUCCUGCCCUCCUUCUAGCCCAAUCUUUUUGCCUUUAUCCUUUUUGAUAUCACAUGUCUGUUUUUUCGAGCGUGAAAUCAAGACGAAAUGUGACUUGUGAGACUUUUGGCGAAGUUUUGUUAGGUUAGACUUGGCCUGGGGUUACUGUACCUACGCACUAAGUACCCUUUUUUUCGACUAUGACGAUAGAGGCCUCUAGAAAUUAUUUAUGACUAAGAAAGCCUGAACCUAACCGAAAGUGUACUUUGUACCCUUCUUACCUCUAAUCAAUGCUAAUCCUUAGAUAUUGUUAUCUCGUUAGAAAAUCCUGAAUAAUGGAGGGGAAUAGAAAGUAAGAAUGAAUGUGAAUGGAAAUGAUCCGAGAGAGAGGGAGAGAGAGAGAGAGAGAGAGAAGAGGAUGACCGGAAGUGCCACAGGAAAUGGAGGCGCCCCGAAAGUUCGUAGAGUACAUUCACGACCACCCCUCGCUAGGUAAUACGUGACGCUCGGAAGUAUUUCCGGCCCGACGACUUCAAAAUCGGAUUCACGGCACAAAGUUACGUAGACUUGGUGAUCAUGCUCAUUAAAAUGUUCCGCUUGUUCCGCCGGAAAUCUCGCUACACGAACUUUUCGUUUUCUCGUGAGCUUUCGCUGAAAAAAGUCGGAUUCGUGUGUCCCAACUUCAAAUAUUCACUUCCAUAACCGACAUCUUGAAGUUUUAGGAAGAAACGUUCACAACAAUGACUUAUUUUUUCCUCCUCCAAACUCCGAAAGACGGGCGGAGCAUUGAGAAGGAUUAGUGUUCCCAUUCUUCGUUUUUCCUUUUUGCACUUUCCAAUACAAUCUUUUGUUCCUUUUUGUCCUGCUUCACAUUGAAAAAGAUGGAUUACCGCCCAGAAAUGCCCCAUUUAUUGUUAGAUUAGUCAUUGUCGUGUCUGCUGACUGACCCCGACUUCAUCAGAAUUCUAGUCUCGUUUUGUACUCGAAAACUCAAUACGGGAGCCUUGUGUCUCGGACACGAAAAAGAAGAAGAUAAAGAGCUGGAAAAGCCGCAUUGGUUUUUGGUUUUCAGUACUUUUUACCCGGGUUUCCGGGUUUCCAAAGUUGACAGCUUUACCUCGGACGUGUUGUGUUCGAAAUGCUCUAGUGUCAACUCGUUUUCAGAAGAAGUCUAUUCUGGAGUCUCCGUUGUGAGUUGCAUCUUGAUUCGUCUGUUCACUUUGAAUUUACAAAACCUGACCUAAGAAGCUCGAGCUAAGCUCACUUAAAAGUUCUAGCCGUUGGCGCUUACAUCAAGUCUUCAACUCUAGCCGUCCGUUCUCGUGCUCCUCACUUGUUCCUUGUGCUCUUCGUUCUCCGCAUCAUCUCAUCUCCACCGAUUCUAUAGGGAGCAUGAACUCGGCGAUAAUGCAAGGUGCCGCGAUGGCGACCUCGCACGGCAUCGCCCGUCUCAAUCGGCACAACGCCCAGCGGCCGCACUUCCACAUUCCGACCGCCAACCGCAUUUUUUAUCAACUACAGACUGCCAGCACGUCAGUGCGUUUUUUUAGCUAUCCACAAGUUUUUAGGUGCAAAACGAGGGUGUCGAUUCUAUGGAAGACAGUUGCAACUAACACAAAUUAUGAUUUCAGAAGCGCCGAAGCGGAACGCCGGACAGUUCGCGCCGAUGACGUUGACGCGGUUUGUGAGAAACCGCAGUUCGAGAUGUACUGCGGGGAAUCGGAGAUCAGCGAGCAGUUUGUGAAGCUGAACGUCGGCGGACAGAGAUUCAUGCUUCGGAAGGAGACGAUUCGGAAAAGGGGCGUAGGUGAGUUGCCUCAUAACUAUUUAUUGGUUCUGGUCCCCAGUGCCCAAAAGAUUUGUGCAAACGCUUUCUUCGCUUUUGAGUUUUGUUUGAGGAAACGUUCAGAACACUUUAUGGAAUCCAUAUCAUACUUUUACAGGCCGCCUACUGGACCUAAUCAACAAAUCGGUGCCCGACUCGAACGCCGACGCCUACCUCAGUCCCACUUCUGAGUUCUACUUCGAACGACCUCCCUCCCUCUUUCAUAUCGUCUAUCAGUUCUACCUCAAUGGUAAUUUCUCACUUUUCAAUUGUUUCUUCGAUAUUGUCACCUUUAGGAGUGAUCCAUCAACCGACAAACCUGUGCCCAGUGGAUAUCAUUGAAGAAUUGGAAUAUUGGCGAAUUGUUCCCGACGAGUAUCUCGCUUCGUGCUGUUGUGCACAACAAAUGGUCAGUCCACAGGGUCUUGACACGAAAUUAUAUUCUGAACUUAACAAUUGGCUUUCCAGGAUGAUGACGACGAGGAGCUUGAAGAGCAGGACAAACCGAACCUCUUCAAGACUCUAAAAUUCGGCGAAAUCCGUCGGACCAUCUGGAAUAUCGUCGAAGAGCCGGCGAGCUCGGGCAAAGCACAACUCUUCGCCGUCUUCUCCGUCUUUUUCGUGCUCAUUUCCAUCAGCGGACUCGUGUUGGGCAGCUUGCCCGAACUGCAAGUGACCACGAAACGAAGGAACAACGCCACCGGAGAAGGUUGGGUCGGAAUGAUUUUUGUGUGAAACGAAAGAUCAACUCUUGUACUCGACAUUUGUAGUUGACGCCUUUGUUGUAGGACCACUUCCAGGAGUACGGUAGCUCUUGAAAGUUGUGAGUAUCCACAGUAGCUCUCUAAAGAGCCCUUACUUCCAAGAGCUACAGUAGUCCUAGGAGCAGCGGUACAGAAUAAUUGUCAACUACAAAAAUGAAGCACGAAAUGUGAAGUUUUCACAAGACAAUUUUCAGCUCCAUAACAUUCUUUCAGAAUACGAGGAAUCGGAACCGCUGCCAAUUCUAGGAUACAUCGAAUACGUGUGCAUUGUUUGGUUCACUGUUGAAUACGGUAUCCUCUUGACGUACAGUAAUCCUUUAUACAAAAUGUAUUAGGCCUAAAAAUGAUCGUGAGCGCCGAAAGAAGCAAGACGUUCCGGCAACUUUUGAAUAUUAUCGAUCUGCUCGCGAUUUUGCCGUUCAUCAUCGAAAUGCUCCUCUUGAUAUUCGGAAUUUCGACGGAACAACUCAGAGAUUUAAAGGUACACAGCAUAUCAUACUCAUUUUAAGACGAAACAAUGUUCAGGGCGCAUUCCUGGUCAUUCGAAUUCUACGCGUUCUCCGCGUGAUCCGAGUGCUGAAACUCGGCCGAUACUCGAGCGGACUGCAAAUGUUCGGAAAGACUUUAAAGGUGCAUACAGUAGGCCUAAGUACCGUAAUCGUUGCUCGUUUUCUUGCAGGCCUCGUUCCGACAAUUGGGAAUGAUGGCGAUGGUCGUGAUGACCGGAGUCAUCUUCUUCUCCACGUUGGUCUACUUUUUGGAAAAAGUACAACAUUUAUCAGUUUUUCUGUAAACUAAAAGUAUUUUAGGACGAACCGGGAUCCAAAUUCUACUCAAUUCCAGCUGCUUGUUGGUGGUAAGAUUGUUUGAAGUUUUCGAACUAUUUUUUUUUUGAGAAAAUAACUUUAGGUGUAUCGUAACCAUGACUACUGUCGGUAAGAGAAUAAUGUUGUGGUGUCACUGAUUUUUUUUUUUCAAAUAAUGAAAAUCCGACAAUAUAAUUUUCAGGAUACGGUGACCUGACGCCCAUCACAGUUCGUAAGUACUCUAAAACAAAUUCCGAAAAGAAGAGAGCAUUUUGCAGCGGGCAAACUGGUGGCGACUGGCGCAAUCGCGUGCGGAGUUCUCGUUCUCGCCCUUCCCAUCACCAUCAUUGUACGUUUUUCCGCUCACCCCGCCCCCCCCCUCUCCCGCACUUUUCCGACGUUUUUUGGCUUUUUCGCCGAGAAAACCAUCGUUUAGGCUCAAGUCGCGUUUUCGCUGAAAUCCAGAGAACGUGAGAGGCUGAACAAGCAAAAGUGUGUCGAGUUUUUUCCCCGUUUUUAACCACAAUCAGCUUCUUUUUUUCGAGAUCUGUGACAUUUGACACUUUUUAGAACUGCGGCACUUUGAUCGGAGUCCGCAUGGUGAACAUGCAUCGUAUUUUACAACAAAACGCAGAAAUACAUUAACCCGAUGGCUUUCGGCCUUUGUAGAGAAACUGUAGCUUCGUUGGAAACGUGAUCUUACGACAAAAUGUAGGAAAGUUCACCGCACAGGCUCGAGUGACAUUUGCCCACACUUUUCGAGCACGUUCAGCCCAAUCGCCCCGGUUUUGCAGGUAGACAAUUUCAUGAAAGUGGCGGAAACGGAACGACCGGCCGGCGGCAACCGGUACCGCACCUCUUCGUACCCGACGUCCGCGCGGAAAGCGUCGAAAGCCGAGCAAAUGGUGCUCAAAGUGGCAUAG